GUCGACGCAAUCUCACCAAAGAAAACUUAAGACUAUGACACAUAACCAAGACUGGACUGACGGACACGGCGCUUAUCGUUGUUGCUACAUCAAGCUUCUUCCCGGAUUGUUAAUUAUUGUAUUGUUGUUCUUAACUCGAGCGCCCUAUGUUAAUAACGCAUAUCAUCUCCGAAGCGCCCACCUCCGUGGAGAAGCGUUGGCGAGGUCGCAUGGGACUGUUCCCUCAGAGGAGAAAAUUAGGAGGGAGGCUCCGAUGAUGCGAUUCAUCGAACAGCACACAUCAGUCCGUACGCCUCAUAUUCUUUAUUGUGCAAUAACUGCGGAGAGUCUGGGCCCGUUUAUUACUAGAGUACAUCGAGAACGACUUGUCGAUGCUCUCAAUAUCCCAGGUCGCUCAGAUGAUGAACGACCAAUUCAGGACCCUACCAUCACGGAAAGAAGGGUAGCAGGCCUUCCUACUUCAGUUGGCAUUCCUAAGCUGAUAUACUCUGAAAGGAUGAAAAUCCAUCGCAUAACGGGAUAGUUAUAAAUGUCGAUAUCCAUAUUACCCCGUCUAUCUAUGUUGGCCCUUUUCUGGCCCCCAAAUAUGUCCAUCCUAGCCUAUCAACAUGGUGCAAAACGCAGC